GCUGCUUCUUGCCUUUUUCAAUUCACACACUCAUCAGUUUCCGAAUAUAUUUUCUCUCUUCUAUCAGUAGAUUGUUACUGUUCCGAGAAUGGCAGCAGGGGGCGUUCGCCAGAGCGAAGGGUUUCAGAACAGCCUCGAAAUCGAAGAUCUUGCUCGUUUUGCCGUCGAUGACUACAACAAGAAGCAGAAUGGAUUGUUGGAACUUAAGAAGGUAACGAAUGUGAAGGAGCAGGUGGUGGCUGGGACCAUGUACUAUAUAACUCUGGAGGCGGCCGAGGGUGGGCAGAAGAAAGUGUAUGAGGCCAAGGUGUGGGUGAAGCCAUGGAUGAAUUUCAAAGAAGUCCAGGAAUUCAAGCUUCUUGGCGAUGCUUGACUUCGCUUCUUGCUAAUCAGGUUGCGCCGGUUUGUAUAAUAAAAACAAUGCAGUUUCUUUGGCUGCUUGGAACUUGAGGCACAUGAAUUGGAGUUGGGAAUAGGAACAGAUUGAAUAUAUAUAUUCACAGUUUCUGUUUUCUGUAUCGCUUCUUGUGGCCUCAAGUUCAAUAACAUCAGUUUGAAAAGCAUCUGAUUUUCUAACUUGAUGGUACUUUGUGAUGUAGAUUAGAAGGCAAUGGAGUCUGGGAUUAUGUAAUGUUCGCGUGUUGUAGUUAUAACUUGUGAUUGCAGUGUAUGCUACACUACUGAUGUGGAAACUGCAGUAAUGUUAAUAUGUGGUUGUUGCUUA